AUGGGUGGUUACAAGAAGCCAGAUUUCGUUCCAAACACCAAGUUCAUGUCGAAGGACAAGUCUUCGGACUUCGACAAACUCUGCAAAGACUGCAAGUUCUGGGUGAAGGAUGAGAGACACAAGAACGAAGGCAAGAAGAACAAGUUUUGUCCAGCCAACUCCUCGUUCAAGCUUUGCACCAAGUGCAAAAUGAGUGGGCACAAGACCGAAGAGUGUGGAAAGAACGGCAACGACAAGAAGAAUAGCAACAACGAUCGUGACAACAAGAAGAACCAGAACUCCAACUCGGACUCUAACAAUAACACUUGGGCCAGUGACGGCCGAGUCCCAUUUGCCACCAACAAUGGCAACAAUAGCAAGAAUGACAGGGUUGACAAGAACCUCCGCGGUCUCGUCGCGAUCCAGUCCUCCACACACUACCCUGUAGAUCUGUCAAAGGGUGAGACAUCCAAAAUCGCCGAGAAAGCCUACUGUGCCUACUGCAACGAACAAGGGCACUGGACGCACAAGUGUGAGGAUUAUCACAGCAUCGCUCGUCACAAUCGAAGCGCACUAGCCUGUACAGCCUGUCACUCACGAGGCCAUACCAUCGAUGAGUGUCAAUGCCCAAUCUCAGAGCCUUGCGCCAAGUGUGCUAAGAGAGGCCACGCCACUUCCGAAUGUCGAUCCAACAAGGAAGCUAGCGUGUACGACCAGUACUUCAACAAGACUGGUUGGGCUAAGCGCGACCCUCACGGCAGCCGCUUCCAGUGGUCAUCUGACGGCAUCAUCCUACACGAGGCUCAGCUCAAGCGCCAACAAUACCUCCUUGACCAAGCCGAGUUCCUCGCUCAAGACAAGACUUUCUCCCCCGAGUACAAACGUGCAAGACAGAAAUCCAUUGAAGAUGCCGAGCGCGGGAUUUUCGACAAGAAACUCCAAGUCGUCGACAGCAUGAGUGACAUCGAAUACUCCACCCCCAGACGUACAUCAAACGUCCGAGCCAGACUCAACACCAACUACAUUCCGAGUAAUCCAACUCCAACCUACCCCCGCAGCACUAUCAACACUACUACCAUCAACAACCAAUACGCCUCCGACCUCUCCCUCAUCCGCCAAAUGGCCUCCAAAGGCGCCUCCCGCACAACCUGCCACCAAUACGAAGCAGCCCUACACUCCCUCCGGACCUCCCAAAUCUCCAGCGUGGAACACUCGGUGCGCAAAAAAUGCCUCUACUCGCGAAAACUCAGCCCCCUCCAAAACAUGAACUACAAAAUUCUCCAAAACGAAACCUCCAUCCUCGAAAACUCCAUUCUGUCUCUCGCGCGCAUGAACGAAGUCAAAAUGGCUUUGUACCAAGGCGUCCAAAUCUACCGGGACCCGAAAGCCAUGGAAGCAUUGUUCGCGCGCCAGGUGCCGAGGGAUAUUUGUGGAUCGACAUUUUGUGAAUAUUCCAGGAGAUUGCGGAGUGGGGGGUGUUUUGUGGGAGGGUUUGGGUAUGAGAGGAGGUUUGUGAUUGAGGGCUUGGGAGGUUUAGAUGUAAUGCAUGAGGUGGGAUUGUUCUAUGGUAAGUAUAUGGCUGUGCUUGGCGAGCAUAUGCGAGAUGGAUGGGUAGGUUUUUAUGAAUGUCACGGCAGCGGAAAGUUUUGGGAGCAUUACGUAUCGAAAAAUUUAAUCAAGAGCACGCCUCUGGAAGGCGCUCACAUCCCCAUACUGGCGCAUUUCCUUGCCUCGCCCUUCCCAAACCUCAUCUCGCAAUGUGACAUGUUUGGUCUGAGGAAUUCAUCUCCACAAAUAGCGACCUGGCGUUAG